UCUCUUUCAUGUUCCCCUCUGCAGUUCUCUCUUCACUCAGAUCUCUCUCGGGCAUUCACUACUACUAGAUCCCUUAGCACUGUGACUUUUCAGUCUAUCACUGCGCCCGCCCCGUCCAACAACUCAUCCGCCGUCUCCUCGAUCGCCCCGCCCUAAGUUGUAGACGUCAUACAUCUGUGCGCCUCCACGAUCUGACAAUUCCUUCCCGACAAGGCUGGCCGACUACUACCCACCAGAUCUUCCCUGAGCAAUCUCCAGUAAACCGACUGUCACUUCUACCUUGAAGAGGCGCUCUGCCCACCAUGUUUGCCGGCAAGCGCCUGAGCAAGGAGCUCCUAAAGAUGAAAGACCACCUCCCCCCCGGGAUCACAAUCGUCAAGUCCGACAACCUCGAGGAAUGGCAAAUGGACAUCAAAGUCCUCGACUCCAACCCGCUCUACCAGAACGAGACAUACCGACUCAAAUUCACCUUCAGCAAUAAGUACCCAAUCGAACCCCCCGAAGUCCAAUUCAUCGAAUGCCCACCCACCUCCGACCACCCCCGUCCCAUCCCCAUCCACCCACACAUCUACAGCAACGGCAUAAUAUGUCUCGAUUUGCUCAGCUCGGCAGGCUGGUCACCCGUACAGACGGUCGAGAGCGUCUGCAUGAGCAUUCAGAGCAUGUUGACCGCUAAUUCGCGCAAUGAGCGACCUCCCGGUGAUAGUGACUUUGUGUCGUAUAAUCGGAGGAGACCUAGGGAUAUCAAUUUCCAUUAUGAUGAUGAUAAUGUAUAGUGUUCUGGGGAGGGGGAGGUGAAAUCGGUGGUGGUGGUGGUGGUUGCAUUGAUAUUGGCGCGUGAUCUUGAUCUUCCAUUUCCAUUUCAUUCACAUCAUCUUCAUGUUCCUGGUUCGCUAUUUGCUUUUCUUGCUUGCUUGCUUGAUCCUUAUCAAGGCGAACAAGGAGUUUAACUGGAUUUCCGGAUGGAGCGUUGGUAUUAUGCAUGAAAUGCAUUUACGUGUGGGUUUAAUUUUCUUUUUUUCUUGUUUACUUUUUCUUUCUUUCUUUCUUUCUUUGCAGUUACAUCUCCUGUCUUAUAGAUAUUACAACAUACAUACACAUACAUAUUUCGCUACA